UGGCAAGUCGCAGCUGGUCUGAUGUGCGUCUGCAUAGAAGCUCCUCUUUCAGUGAAUGCAUAGACGAUGACACGACGUUCCUCUAAUUGCUAAGGGAGGAUACGGCUCCCGGCAAGCAUCGCCUGGCACACAUUUUAUUUUAAGCCCUACACGCGUUAUGGAUGGGUUGCAGUCAGAAAACGCUGGAAUUGGCGGCAUUGGAGAUAACGCGGAGGAAAAGUACCGCGCUCUAGCCUACGACACUGCUCUGAGCACUUUGGUGGCAGUGGCCGUGUACGUGGUGGUGAAAGUGAGUCUGGACGGCAUCAGACAGUGGCGGGCCAGGAUCUCGGUGCUCAUCGUGGGUUCGGGACCCGUGGGUUUGACGGCCGCGCUGGUCGCUGUCCGCUCCGGGAAGGUGCUGAAACUGACCGUGAUGGAUGAGAGGUACCGGACUGCCCUACUCUGCCGGCCCCAGCAGAUUGCCUUAGAUCCUCGUAGCGUGAAGUUUCUGCUGGGACUCGGGGUGGACUUUGAUAACAUGGAGGGCUGCUGGCACAACGAACAUUUCUUCACCAGGAUAGGCGUGUUUCAGGAGUACUUGCUGAGCAUCCUGGAGCAGAAAAAACAGAAGGUGAACGUCAAGGUGCAGCUCGGCACCAAGUUCACAGAGGAAUACCUGCGCCGGAUCCCACACAAUCACUGGCCACGUGUGAUUGUGGUGGCUGAUGGGUCAUGUGGUGAUGCCUGCUCUGUGUUGGGCAUCAGCUCUGACUACACAGUGGAGUCCUGCCAUGCCUACGGAGCUAAUGCAACCAUAGAGAGACUAGACCAAAGACAGGUGCCUACUCCUGAGAUCCGCGCCCACAGCCUCUACUUUGACCUGUCCGCUUAUGGAGUAGAGGCCCUCCGAGAGCACCGAAACCCCACAACCAAACCUGGCUUCCACUUGAAAAUCUAUGGCACCUUCAGAAACCGCUACAUGGCCCUCGUCUCCCCCGCCUAUGACACCAAGAUGGUUCGCUUCCUUAGGCACACAGCCAAUUCCUCUAUCAUGAAGAACAUUUUCCACCAGUCCUUUAAUGCCUAUAAGACGGACAUAGAGCCUCGCCUCAGCGAUGUGACACUGCACCACAUGCAGUGCAGCCGUCGUCUCUUUGAGAUUCAAUUGUCACACAGACGCAUCAGUGCUGCCUACAUAGAGGGGGACAAUGUCGCUGUCACGGUGGAGGGGGAGGCAGCGCGUGUGCUCAACUUUGACACAGGUUGUGGUGUGAAUCUUGGAAUGCGGGGUCUGGAGUCAAUGGGAACGUUGAUCUAUCGGACAGCCACUGCUGUGGACCGGAAUGAUAUUUUAGAGGCACUGUCAGCUAAGAUGCAGCACUCCAGACAAGUGGCUGAGACCUUCAAGCAGACAGGCCUGGCUGAGUCAAUGUAUGACUAAAAUAGGGCAACAGCCUGGAGAAUGCAUAAUGCCAUCUAGCAGUUUUGAUGGAAACGGAUUAUUUGUGUUUACAAUGAAUGUUUACAAUGAAUCAUGAGCCUAAUGCUUAAAUGGGUUACUAAUGGUCACAUGCUGAAUAGAACUGAAUGUGCGUCAACUGUGAGCAGAUGGAUAGGCUAAUGGAUGUAAACAUGUGACCAGAAGUCAUAAUAACAUACAGUGAGAGGUUGGAGCAGAUAACCAAGGCCACUAUUAGUCCAACAUUGAAGCUUUUCUGAUUUUCAGGUUACAAAGUUUGUUAAUAUAUUUUUUGGUACAUCAAUUGUGCUAGGGGGAACAUAGACUGUGCCUCAGCAUUAUAGCUACAGUACAACUGGGAAAUGUAUAAAACUGUCACCAUGAACUGGAUUUGACCAAGGAACAAAAGCGUAGUGUCAGACGACACAGGAGGGAGAUGCGCCAAAGUGUUAUAAUCCAGCCUUUUGUCUUUGUGUUUGUUUGACAAUGUGGUGAUAAUUCAGUUGAUGAUGAUGUUCUGAUGUAUUUGCUACAGUGACCUAUUUUGAGGCGUAUUUCAAAGAUGAUGAAUACUGCAGCUUAAUUAUUAGCUACUACUUUAUUUUGCUGAUGUCAUAUUUUCCACUCUAUAUAUACUAUAUAUGUAUAUAUACACACACGGACACACACACACACAUAUAUAUGUAUAUAUGUAUAUAUACAUAUAUAUAUAUAUAAAUGUCCUGCUCCUGUUUAAG